AUGGGGAAGAGAAGCAGAACUAGGCUUUUCGAGGAACACAUCGAGAACGAAGAAGAAGCUGAAAUGGAGGAAAAUCGUGAAUUUGUCGACGGAUCUUCUUCCUCAAACGUCAAAAGCUUGUAUGAGAUCCUUGGGGUGGAGAAAACUGCAUCUCAGCCUGAGAUAAAGAAAGCUUACUACAAGUUGGCUUUGCGCCUGCAUCCCUAUAAAAAUCCCGGAGACGAGGAAGGUAAGGAAAAGUUUCAGCAGCUACAAAAGGUUAUAUCUAUUCUUGGUGAUGAGGAGAAAUGA